CUACUGUUUUCAAAAGGGUGCGUUACACCUAGUCAGCUGUGCGUUGCGUGCGUUGGUGGGACGUCAGCGUUUGCAUUUAUCACGUUUAUUACAUCUCAGAAACCCUAAUUAAUUUAAUAAAGUCACCUUUCAUUCUUUGAAGAAAGUUUUCUUAGAAGACAAUCAUGGUACAUCUUAAAAAAGGUGAUCCAGAACCUCCAAUUGAUCCUAGCAAGUAUACACUAUUCGCUUAUCGAUUUUGUCCAUUCUGUGAACGUGUCAGAUUGACACUGAAUUAUCAUAAAAUUGAUUAUGAUUUACGUCUAGUCUCAUUGAAUGAUAAACCAGACUGGUUGCUGAAGUAUUCACCACAGGGUAAAGUUCCCCUGCUUAUUAAUCAAGGUGACAAACUGUUGGAAUCGGAUUUAAUUAUGCGAUUUGUUGAUGAAUUACGUGGAGAAAAAUCUGCUCUGAUGACAGUCUGUGGUCCAGAAGUUUUUCAACAAGCCGCUGAUUUGGCUAAAAAGUUUUUCAGUCCUGGACAUGUAAUAUUGUUUGGAAAAACUUUCAGCGAUUCAGAUGUGACACGAUUUCGUGAAGCAUGCUCUGAAUUGGAUCAGUCGAUAAAGAAUAAAUACUUUGCAGGUGAUCAAUUAAGUCUAGCCGAUCUGGUUCUCUUCCCUUUGAUUGAUCAUUUCGAAGCCAUUUUAGGUGUUAUACACGGCACUGAACCAGAGAAAGUUCAUGAAUUCAAAUUAGAUGAACCUGGUGGUGGUGAGGCGGCGCCGGCUAGUCAAUGGCCAUGGUUAGUGAAAUAUUUGAAUACGCUUAGACAAGAAUCAUUUAUUGCUGAUAGCCGUAAAACAAGUCAAUUGUUGGCGAGAUAUGCUGCCACUCAACGAUCUGGAUGUCCAAAUCCUGAGAUCAAUUAAGUGAAGACAUGGCGGGACGGCUUUGGCUGGACUCUGUUGUCAAUGGCGCUUGUUGUUAUGUUUGCUUUUAUGGUGAGUGCUUUAGUGAAGCAAUUGUGGAAUGGAACAUUUAGUGAGUGUUUGUGUGUGUGUGUUGUUUUGAACUCUCUUUGCCUCUUCUAAUAAGACAAUCAGUAGUCAUUUUAUUUAUUUUUGCUUUUAUAUUGAUCCUUAUUGAUUUAUCGAUUUCAUUCCAGUGUUUAUUUAUUUGUUUUAUUUUAUUUUGGAUCCUUCGAAGAGAUCUGUUCUUAUUUUAGUAUUUUUUUUAAAGUACACAUAUCUGUUGGCGUGUUUGUGCGUGUAUGGCUUUGGCUGUUUCCGAUAUUCACUAGAACCGGAGUAUUAAUCUACUUUUUGUCUUUUGUUGUUGUUGUUCUAAAGCUUUCUUGUGAUAACCGUGCUCAUUUCACUUUCACUUCUUAUGAGUUGCUCUUGCUGCUGGCGCUACUACGUUACUGCUUAGUACGUAAUAUUCUAUUUAUAUAGUCUUUCUACUUUUGCCUAGUGUAUACCUACCUAUCUGUUGGUUGUCAACUUAUCUUCGUUACAUGUGUUUUAAUUAGAAUAGAAAUGUGUGUUAUGUGAAGUGUUGAGAAUAAAGAAUUUUGUCUGAAUGUCUA